AUGCACGCGCGCGCGGAAGGUGGGUCGCGCCAGGAAACGCACGUGGCACUGCGGCUGAGCGAAGCUGGCGGCUGGCAUGUCAACGGGAAGACUUGCAUGGAGGCGCAGCUGCCGGUCCUUGCGACACUUGUCUCCCUCACCUCAAGGUCCAAUAUCACACCUUUUUCAACAUCCCUGAGAAUUUGGUAAGUAUUGGCAUGGCGAGGAGUAGGGGGCAAAGUCGGGGUCGAAGGUGGAAUGAUGGUGGCGAAGCUGCGCUGGGUUGCAGGCUCGAUUGGAGGGAAAUAUCGGAAGAAUUGCCUAGAUCCCAUCGGCCCUGACAUACUUGCCUUCCUCUACUUUCGCUAGUCACGAUGGCCAAGUCCAAGAACGCUUCGCAGCACAACCAGGUGAGCGAAUUGUGGUAUGUGCAUUGACGCAUCGAGGCGACAAGAUGCUGAGCUGUUCAACCCCUCGCUCUUUCCGCUCCAUAGUCGCGCAAGGCGCACCGUAACGGUAUCAAGAAGCCCAAGACGAACAAGUACCCAAACUUGCGAGGCGUGAGUUGCAGUGACUACUCGCUACCGUGCGACUCUAAUACUUACAGACACUGCUGCCCCCUCUCAAGGUGAACCCCAAGUUCCUCAGAAACCAGCGUUACGCGUUAGUAUCAUAUGGAGGGGGCGAGGAGGAAUAGCUGUGUCGCGUGGGGGUCAAAGGAGGAGCUGGGCGGAUGCUGGCACGAAUACGUCGCAAGCUAGGCCGCGAACGGGGUCCUUGGAAGUAGGGAAAUGGAAGCUGGGGGUUGCAGUUUUGCAACUCGGGCCAGGACUUGAACCAGAGCAGGCUCUCGGCGUACGGGAAGUUGUGCUCGCAACAAGUCUGCGUGGCCUCAGAACGGAAAGAUGCGAGCUGGGCGGCUUUGUUUCAUGUUGCCACAAUCAGGAUGCCUUUUGCGAGGGGGGCAUUAUUGCUGACGUGCGCUUCUUUCCCGUCUCGCAACAGCAAACACGGCACAGAGAAGGCUGUCCGCGAGGCGCGUCAAGGAAAACGAGAGGUCGCUUAA